AUGGACCAGCCUUCCUUCAGAGAUGAGUUGAUACGUGAUAUCGAGAAGAGUCACUUGGAACCAGGCUCGUCAGAGCUUCAGUCAAGUGUUCUCAUGAGAUGUAUGAAGUUUCUUCAGCUGGAUAUCACUGAGAAUGAGUGUGAUCUCUUCUCACUGCCUACCAUUCAACCUAUUGCCGGGCAUGCCCUCAUAAUGUUCUCCUUUCCGGGUAAGACAAACUCCGUUGUUGAAAACAGAUUGGCUCGCAGUAUAAUCUCUAGUCAGGAAAAUGCUAGAGGCUUCUACAAAUGCUUGUCAGAGUUAAGGUAUCGCUUUGUCGUUUUGCGUCACAUUCCGGUUGCUCAAGUCAACCAAUUCCUCAGCAUCAUCAACAAGUGGAUUGCAAAUCGACUCAAGCAAAAGGUUCAAGACGGUUUUGAUGAAAUGCUGGCUUUCGAAUGCCUACAGAAUCCCACAAUCCUUAGGGACGACGCGGACUUAUUGAAAGCAACAAUUUCCUACUAUACAAAGCCUGAGCUGAAGGCGCCAGACGUUUUGACUCCAGCUUCUAUAAUGUUCUUUGUGAGUGAUGACCUGAGCGUACGCGAUGUGGGCCAAAAGCUAAUAUCAGCCGCCGUAAAUUCCGAAUCAGAUCCUCAGGUGGUCGAUGAAUUCCACUUCCAACUUUACCGUGUUCAGGAUGCAAAGCACUAUACUCCAGAGUUCUCGGAGCGCUUCUGGCUUAUGGCUGUCCAAUGUCUAAGCCCAUUAGAUGCCACACAUAUUGAGAGAUUCGCCGUACCAAAGGACCUUGAACAGCUGAGUCAAUUCACUCAAAUCAGGCUUUUUCCUUUGGCUCGUGUCCUUCUAAACAACGUGCUCGCACAGAUGGAGACAACUUUACCAAUUCUUCUUCGACUUCUCACGAUCCUUCUAAGAGCCUUCAAAUUGGACUUCUACAAAUUAUCUGACGGGCUUCAUUAUAGAAACUUUACCGACGCAAUUCUUCAAAGCCCUGUUCAUUCUCGUCUUCUUCAGAAGGCAAAGGCAUCCAAUGACGCAAAAAGUUUGGUUGAUCUCUCGUCUUGGGCAAUUCCGUUUAUCGAAUCAUUGGCCGGGGCUCAAAAAUUAGCCGCCGCUGUGACAUUAUGCGAUUACUUCGUCGUUCAAGAUAUUCAGUGCUUGAAUCCUUGGAGACUCUUGCUGUUAUCCUUCGACUCAACAACCUUGGCUCAAUGUCGCAAUGAACCCCUGGGUUUCUUGAGAUUGAGCGAUGCCCGAAAGAUAGUGUCAAGACACGCUAAAAGCAUCGUAUCUACCGCCAAGAAUCCGUCUGGAAGUUUUGCCUCUAGUGCUACAGAGUUAAUCAAAUUAUCUCUCAGUUACGAUAUUAUGUUCACCGCACACAAUUCAUUGCAAUUGCAAAAGAAGGAAAUCCCGACCUUAUUAGAUAUCGAUAGCUCACUUUGGGAGGCAUUACUUGAUACACCAUUCAAACUGCAAGAGAUGUUAAGUGCUCUCUUGCAAUCUCUCAACGACGUCAUUUCCAUUAUCAUAUUUAAGCCGAGAAAAAACGGCAGUCCCGACAAGGAUCUAGAAGCCGCUAUCAACAUGCAUAACAGAGAUACAAGAAAGCUCUGCACUAAUAUUUCGGCGAUCCUUGAGAAACUUGCACUUGCUGACCCUGAACUGAUGCUGGCUGUUCUACAAAAUGCAGCUUCGCUGAUGGCGAUGUGGAAUUGCAUUUUUUCGCCAGAAACCAAUCAAUCUGCAUUAAACAUUUUGUACCUGGUUUAUGAUGCUGAAGGGCGUUAUGAGGCCAUCUGUGGUCUUCUCAAUUCAUCGAUUGAAAAUAACUUAGCUGCCAUUGUCGACUCUUUUGCAACAAUUACGAGCAUGAGAGCUUUCGAACCAUGUCCGAAAGCAGUGAGAAUCUUGAUGGAUGUGACCACUGCUCUUGCUGACCCUCUUUCAGGCAUUUUAACAACGACAUCUGAGAAGGCUCAGAACUGCGGUCAGCUUGUUCAGCUGCUUUGGGCUGGAAGCUGGCUGUUUUUAGUCAUGAUUUAUCAGCUCACUCUAGUUUGGGCUACUAUGUACCAUCUAUCUGACUUGGUGGAGUUUACCCGUGACGUGCUUGAUGUGAGUCAUUCACUUCUUGACUCCUUCAGACCUAUACUAGACUUUUUAGACAAUCCUGAGGUGAAAGGACCCUUGUUUGGAAAGUUUUUGAAAGCUUUCAAUCAUGUUAUUGUGUGGUUGAGGCUUGGGGACUUAUCGCUUUUGAACUCAUGCGUCAACUUGGUUUUCAAAGGGUUCGAUCUCGCAAAAGAGAUGGGAGUUUCGGUUGACAAAGAGUUUUUGACUACAUUCGUAAAGUAUGGCGCCAAAGCGAAGAAGUUCAACAACAAACUUACGGAGCAACAAAGAGAAGAUGUUCUUGCUAAAGCUAGCGAGUUUGAUGAAGCUUUGGUACAAUCAGUUGUUCAAGAAGCUCGUCAACAGCGUUCUGCCACAAAAGAGACAACUAUCACCCGUCAUCAGCCAGUGGAAAAAGGCGCCACAUAUGCAUAUCAAUCUGCCAAACCUAAGCAGACCCCUCCUAAACCUUUCAAGUCCAACAACUUAGAGGCAAUCAGAAACGAACUCAAAAACAACAGAGCUCCACAAAAACCAGCGGCUGCUCCAGCUCCUCCAAGACCUGCUGGAUUCAACUCGAAGCGUGCACCCGUUGUUGGUCGGUCUCUCAAUGCUUUGAAGCACAAGGGGGCCGAUUCUGAUUCCUCCGAAGAAGAUGAUGAUGACAUUGAUACGUCCGACCUAUUUUUAGACUCGAAAAAGAAGUCAAAGAUUACUGAGUUGGAUAUAAAUGGUAAUCCAGUGACAAAAAUUGCACAGAAUAAAAGAGCAAAUCAAGAACGCAGAGAAGAAGAGCGGAUGAGAAUGCGUCUCAAUGUGAACUUGAAGCCGCUUUACUCGAUUAUUUUGAAAUGGAAUUACAAUUCGGAUAGUGCAUACCCAACUGAGGACCGUGACAUUUAUCAACCGAUAAAAGACUCUUACACAGAUGUAAAGGAGUAUGUGAAACUCACGGAGCCUUUAUUAAUGCUUGAGUGUUGGCAGGGAAUUCAAUCUUCAAGGACAACAGGUCAAGAAUUACCUGUUCAACUUUUGGUGGGUAGCCGUACAACAUGCGAUGGUUUUUUCGAUGUGUAUGCUUCGAUUAAAAAGGCUGAUCUUUCGACGAGGAAAAUUGGUGAGACCGACUUAAUGGUUUUGGGUUAUGUCGCAGACAAGGGUAUUGAGCAUGCCAACGAAGUAUCUCAGUACCUAAAACGUCCUGGAACUCAGACUUGCUUGGCUAAGGUCAGGAACAUAAAGCAUGCAAAUUCUGAUUAUUGUGACAUAACUCUUCGUGUCUACCCGCAAGGCUCCAUGAUGGGCCUUUUGACGCCAAAGACGGUGAUUGUGGGAAUGAAAGUAAUGCAGAUGAUUACUGUCGAGAGAGAAUUUUCAUCCCUUAAGGGCUUGCCUUACUACGACUUGUGCGAGGAGAUCUUAGCUGGUAAACCUUCAAAACCUGUGGAAAUUUCUGACGAUGAUGCGAAGGCCAUGGUAAGACAAAAUAACGUCAACAUUUCACAGGCCAAAGCUAUCUUGGCUUCAGCCAAGGCUGAGGGUUUUUCUCUCAUCCAGGGUCCUCCAGGUACUGGUAAGACGAAGACAAUUCUAGGCAUUGUUGGUCAUUUCCUUUCAAGUACCCGUGCAGAGAAUACAAUUCGUAUUCCCACUCCAUCAUCCUCGGUGUCUCGCAGUGCAACUCCAGAAGAGACACCCAAGGGUCCUAAAGUUCUUAUUUGUGCGCCGAGUAACGCUGCUGUCGAUGAAUUGGUCGUUCGUCUUAGAGAUGGUAUUGUUGACUCGAAGGGAACAUCUCUUAACCCGAAAAUUGUUCGUUUGGGAAGGAGCGAUGCUAUCAAUCAAGCGGUGAGAGACCUUAGUUUGGAGGAGCUCAUCGAGCGACAACUUAGCGUUCGAACCACCGAAGCAAAAAUCGACCCUGGUAUCAGGAGCGAGCACACGAAGUGUAUUGCAGAGCGUGACAAGAUACGUGAAGAACUCAAGAGAGGUGAUUUGAAAGAUGAGAAAGUCAUAGAACUUGAAACGAAAUUGAGGGAAAUCAACAAGAAACGAUCGGAGCUCGGAAAGCGACUUGAUGAUCAGAGAGAAAACGCCUCCAUUGCCUACAGAACACGAGAAAUCGAGAGGCGUCAAAUUCAAGCCAAGAUUUUAUCUGAAGCGCAAAUAAUUUGCUCAACUUUAUCUGGUUCUGCGCAUGACUUUUUGGCUAGUAUGUCGAUGAAGUUCGAUCAGGUCAUCAUUGAUGAGGCGUGCCAGUGUGUGGAGCUUUCUGCUAUUAUUCCUUUGAGAUAUGGGUGCAAGAAAUGUAUCAUGGUGGGAGAUCCAAAUCAGCUUCCUCCUACAGUGUUAUCGCAAAAGGCUGCCUCGUAUAAUUACGAAGAGAGUUUAUUUGUGAGAAUGCAGAGACAACAUCCAAAUUCUGUUUAUUUGUUGGAUGUUCAAUACCGAAUGCAUCCUGAUAUUUCCAAAUUCCCAAGUGCUCAGUUCUAUAACUCGAAACUCACGGAUGGCUCUGGUAUGCUUCAGAAAAACAGCCGCCCAUGGCAUCACGAGUACCCUUUCACGCCCUACCGAUUCUUUGACAUUGUCAGUAGGCAUCUGCAGAGUGAGAGGACGAAAUCUUUUUUCAACUAUUCAGAGGCACAAGUUGCGUUGGAAUUAGUUCAAAAGUUGAUGGACAUUUUACCCACAAACCAGUUCAAGGGUAGAAUCGGUAUAAUCUCGCCGUAUAAGGAACAAAUCAGAACUUUGAGGGAUGUCUUCAUAAAGAAGUACGGAAGUACUAUCUUAGCUGAAAUCGAUUUCAACACUGUGGACGGUUUUCAAGGUCAGGAGAAGGAGAUCAUCAUCAUGUCGUGUGUAAGAGCUAGCGAGACCGGAAGCGUUGGUUUCUUGAGUGAUGUGAGACGUAUGAAUGUUGCUCUCACUCGUGCUCGUACGACACUUUGGAUCUUGGGUAAUAAGUCGUCUUUGAGAAGAGAUAAGGUAUGGUCGAGACUUAUAAGUGACGCGGAGUCACGUCAAUGCAUGACAUCUGCAGAACCUGGCUUCCUAAAGAGAAUCGAAGGUAAUCCUGAGUUAGGUAAAUCGAAGCCGUCGAAGUCGAUCGCAGAACUGACCUCACCUUCGGUGAUAGAUACCAAAGUACCUGACGCACCGGAAAAGGUAGCAGAUCGAACCGCUGUACCUAAGAGACGAGCAGAGAAGGAUGAUUCGCUGCCCUCUGACCCGGAACCACCUCACAAGAAAAAAUCUCUGGCUGUUUUCCAAAAUCAGCAGGCCAGCUCUACCAAUCCAUCGUUGCCAAAAAAGCCAAAGGUGAACAAAAGUGGCGUUUACAUUCAUAAUAGUCAUCUGAAUACUGAUACUGCAACUGCUCAAACGAAACAAAGUGUGCAACCUACUGCUUUGCCCAACGGAGGGAAGGAGCUGGUUGAACAAAAGCCUCCUAAGGCUGUUAACAGCGGCAGGAAAUAA